AUGUCCCAAACAUCAAAGAGUUUUGACCAAUGGCAGGAAAUUGCGUCCCAGGGCAAUAUCUUUUCCGACGCUAAACCUUCAAGCAACAACCGAAAUAAUCACAAUAACAAUAAGAUCUUCUCACAUCAACCCAAGACUCUGGAGCAGAUACCCAAAUCGAGUAACAGCAAUAACAAUAAUAACAAUACUGGGUUUUCAUUAUUUAAUAGCCGAUCAUCGACAUUGAAUCAAUACCCUUUGGAUUUCUCCGUGGUUUCUGAAACAACGUCUUUCAAACAUGAUGUUACUGUCCCAUCAUCACAAACCACCACCACAGAAACAACACCAGAUGGAGGGCUCAAUAAGGAAUUAGAAGCCAGAAAAAUUUUUUAUAAUAUCUUCUUUUGGGCAGGAUUCAGACUAGUCACCAACACUGUUUCUCAUAUCCCGAUGUUUGAAGGGUUGAUGAAGUCCAAUAUCGUGAUCUACUACAGUCUCCUCGGGUUAGAUAUCUUGUUUGGGUACAAUAUAAUCUUUGGUUUAGUAGUAUUGUUUAGAAAUAUCAACCCUGCCCCAAUUAACAUCAGUGUGAUAAAUGGGAAGAAAGAUGUUGAAAACCCAUUGACCAACAAAAACCCAGCGCCGUCUUCUUCUUCCUCUUCUUCUAAGACCGCCACCACCGCUGCCAAUGAUAAACAACAACCUUUGAAUAUCUUGAAACCCGCUGGAUCAUCUAUGUUCAAUAAAAAAAGCGUUAUAGAUAAUAGUCGCUCAGAUAACCCAGCUACCGCUUUAAAGCCUACUUCUUUAUUCAGCACCGUGCCGAAGCCAGAAACUAAAUCUGCUCCAUCGACUUUUAUGCCUUCUCCUAAAUAUUAUUAUCAAAUGGGUGCUUUCAACCAGGCGAAGAAAUCUUUUUAG